CACUCGCCUCCUCGACACCACCUCAUCCGCCGCCAUCUACACCACAGGGCGGGCGUGCAACUUUCUUCGCAUCGCAUCGCCCACCGCCCUCGCCGGUCCACUCACCAUGGACAUUGCACACCCCCUCCACUCGGAGAUCUCCUCUCUCUCCUUCUCGUUCCUCUCGUCAGAAGACAUCAAGUCAAUUUCGGUUCAGAAGAUCGACCAUGCGACCCUCCUCGACAACCUCAACAUGCCCACGCGCGGGGGAUUGUACGACCCCAAGCUCGGCCCCAUGAAGAAGGGUGACAUCUGCGAGACGUGCAAGCUGUCCUACUUCGACUGCCCAGGACACUACGGGCACAUCGAGCUGCCAUCAGCAGUGUAUCACCCACUGUUCAUGAACCAGUGCUACCAGCUGCUCCGCGGAGUGUGCAUGUACUGCCACCACUUCAAGAUGCCAGAGAUUAUCCUGAAGCGAUACGUUGCGCGCCUGCGCCUGCUCGACGCUGGGUGUCUUGAGGAAGCUCAUUAUGUGGCCCACCUUGCUCCCAAUGCUGGUGCAUCAAAAGGCGACGAGGAAGGCGAAGCCGAUGAUGCCGACGCGAAUGUGAGCGCCGAGAGCGCUGCCGAGUUCAUCCUCCGCAUCGAGACGUACGUCAAGCAGGUGCUCAAGUUGAGGAAGAAGAAGGACGAGCGCGACGCGUACAAGGAUGGACUGGUGUACGAGGAGCGCCGUCGAGUACUACAGGAGUUCGGCAAGAAGAUCUGGAACCGUUGCUCCCAUUGCCAGGCGUACGGCAACACCUUCCGGAAGGAGAAGUCGAUCAAGAUCGUCGAGUACGACCUCACGCCUAAGCAGAAGCAGGCAAACGGCGUGCUCAACCUGAAGAAGGUUACAACUGGUUUCGGCGUCAACGGACCAUCGCUUGCUGGGAAGAAGAAGAAGAGCGACGCCAUGGAGAUCGACGAGGGCAUCGAGGCCAGCUCGGCGUCAGGGAGCAGCGGAAGUGAGGACGAGAUGGACGUCGACGAAGAGGAGCGCUCCUCCGAUGAGUCGGAAGACCAGGUCGACGAGGGCCUUGGUGUCGACGGCAUUGCACGGACAGCCUCGGGGCAGAUUAAGGGUGCCCGCGGCCGCAACGAGAGGGUCUUGCCUCCUGGAGAGGUCCGCAUGCACCUCAGGAGGUUGUUCCAGCUCGAGUCUGAGAUUUGCACUCUCAUCUACGGCCGCCACGGAACACCGUCGACGCGCGCGCACGCCAACCCAGCUCCUGUGGCCGACAUGUUCUUCAUGGACGUCAUGCCCGUCACCCCCACCCGCUUCCGUCCCGCGUCUAUGAUGGGCGACGACUUGUUUGAGAACCCUCAGAACACGCUCCUUACCGCUCUCAUCAACACGUGCGAUCGUGUCUCGCAACUCAACCAGACUAUGCGUGACUUUAGCCGGCAGGACAAGUCCCCGGAGCUUGCUGAGAAGCUCAAGGGCAUCGACGAAACCCGCACAUACGGGAUGCUCCUUGACACGCUCGUCAAGCUGCAGCACGACGUCAACAGCUUCAUCGACAGCACCAAGAAUCCCACUGUCAUGGCGCAGGGCAAGCUUCCGCCGCCGGGCAUCAAGCAGCUGCUCGAGAAGAAGGAGGGCUUGUUCCGCAAGCACAUGAUGGGCAAGCGUGUCAACUAUGCCGCGCGCUCUGUCAUCUCGCCCGACAUCAACAUCGAGACUAACGAGAUCGGUAUCCCUCCUGUCUUCGCGAAGAAGCUUACGUACCCCGAACCCGUGACGCCACAGAACAUCCACGAGAUGCGCCGCCUGGUCAUCAACGGCCCAAAAAUUCACCCUGGCGCGACGAUUGUACAGAACGAGGACGGUACGCAGGUGUCGCUGGACAAGAUGUCGCUCGAGCAGCGCGAGGCGGUCGCCAACCAGCUCCUCACGCCCCAGAAUGACCAGUUCGCCGGCGGCAGCAGCACAUCGAUUCCUGCCCGCAACAAGAAGGUGUACCGCCAUAUUCGUGACGGGGACAUUGUCAUUCUCAACCGUCAGCCAACACUGCACAAGCCGUCGAUGAUGUGCCACCGCGUCAAGGUGCUUCACGGUGAGAAGACGAUCCGCAUGCACUACGCCAACUGCAACUCUUACAACGCCGACUUCGACGGUGACGAGAUGAACAUCCACUUCCCGCAGAACGAGAUUGCGCGCGCCGAGGCCCAGAUGAUCGCCAACACCGACAACCAGUACCUCGUCCCAACGUCGGGUAACCCUCUUCGUGGCCUGAUUCAGGACCACGUCGUUGCCGGUGUGUGGAUGUGCAACAAGUCGACGUUCUUCACGCGCGAGGAGUACUACCAGUUGAUCUACGGCGCUCUCCGCACGGAGAACAACUACACUGGUGGCGGCCGCAUCCGCACUCUCCCUCCAGCCAUCUUCAAGCCUCGUCCCAUGUGGACCGGCAAGCAGAUCUUCUCGACCAUCUUGCUCAACCUGACUCCUCCCAAUGCCAGGGGCAUCAACCUCAUGUCCAAGAACAAGGUCGCCAACAGCCUGUGGCAGCGCGACGACUCAAAGGACAAGGACAUGUCCGAGGAACAAGUCAUCUUCGUCGACGGCCACCUUCUCGUCGGUAUCCUUGACAAGUCGCAGUACGGAGCGUCGUCGUACGGUCUCGUGCACUCUGUUCACGAGCUGUACGGGCCAUACAUCGCCAACCGAUUGCUCGCCGUGCUCUCGCGCGUGCUUACUAAGUACCUCCAGCACACUGCGUUCACGUGUCGUAUGGACGACCUCAUCCUCACGGCCGAGGGCGAGAAGCUCCGCAAGGACAUUCUCGAUGCCGCUAAAGAGGACGGUGUGUAUACCGCGAUGAAGUACGUCGGCCUGCCCGAGGGCUCCAGCCCGGACGACCCAUCUGCUCAGGCCAACCUCAAGAUGCGUCUCGAGGAGAUCCUGCACGACGACUCGCUCAUGGCGGGCUACGACGGCGUGAUGCAGCAGAAGUUCAACAAGACGACAUCCAAGAUCAACAACGACGUGCUGCCGGCCCACCUCAUCCGCCCCUUCCCCGACAACAACAUGCAGACCAUGACCAUCUCCGGUGCCAAGGGCUCCAAGGUUAAUGCGUCGCAGAUCUCGACGCUGCUUGGUCAGCAGGCCCUUGAAGGUCGCCGUGUACCCACCAUGGUGUCGGGAAAGACAUUACCUGCCUUCAAGGCGUACGACACAUCGGCCCGCGCUGGUGGUUACGUAGCGAACCGUUUCUUGACUGGUGUUCGCCCGCAAGAGUACUACUUCCAUUGCAUGGCUGGUCGCGAAGGUCUUAUCGACACGGCCGUCAAGACUGCCCGCUCCGGUUACCUGCAGCGCUGUUUGAUCAAGCAUCUCGAGGGCGUCAAGGUGCACUACGACCACACUGUGCGCGACUCUGACUCGUCCAUCCUGCAGUUCCUGUAUGGCGACGAUGCGAUCGACGUCACCAAGUCGAAGCACUUGACCAAGUUCGACUUCGCUGCACGCAACCACGACUCGAUGCUGAACAAGUACGACCCCAGUGCGAUUGUCGGCAAGGUCGACGACAGUGAGGCUAUCGACUGGAGCAAGAAGGCGCUCAAGAAGCCGCACAAGUACGAGCCAGCUAUGAGCAUCUACCAGCCGAGCCGUUACCUUGGAUCGAUGUCGGAGGCGUACGCACGGGACGUCAACGAGUACAUUGCCUCCAACCGCGCCGGAUACAUUCAGCCCCGCAAGGGCGAUACGCCACCCUCGGCAUACGCCUCGGCCCGCAUCCCUGAGCGCGAGUUCACGCAGCUCGCACGAGUGCGCUACAUGCGUUCGCUAGUUGAGCCCGGAGAGGCGGUCGGUCUGUUGGCGUCGCAAGGUGUCGGAGAGCCGUCGACUCAGAUGACGCUCAACACCUUCCACUUGGCCGGUCACGGUGCCGCCAACGUCACGCUCGGUAUUCCGCGUUUGCGUGAAAUUGUCAUGACGGCGGCGCGCAAGCCUGCUACUCCGACAAUGACGCUUCCCUUGCGUGAGCACGUCGAGGCAAGUGACGCCGACGCAUUCGUCAAGCACGUGAGCCGCCUCACGCUUUCGGAGGUCGUCGAAAAGGUCACUGUCACGGAAAGACUGUCAGGAAAGUCGGCUGAGGCCAACAACUCGCGCGUGCGCAAGUACACUGUUCUGCUCGACUUCUACCCUCCAGAGGAGUACACGGAAGAGUACAAGAUCACUGUGGACCAGCUGCACGAUGCGCUGUGCACGUCGUUUGCGGACCGUAUCAAGCGUCAGAUCGUCAACCAGUCGCGGACGGCUAUCAAGGCUCAGGAGCAGGACAAGGCGGUUGGUAAAGGCCUGCGUCUUCGCGCCGGCGCCGAGGAGGAAGGAGAGGCGCCGCGGAGAGGGAAAGACGAUGAGCUCGACGACGAUGACGACGACGAGGACUCGGGACAGCUCAAGCGCGCGAGGCAGACGCGUGCGCUCGAGUACGAGGACGACGAAGCGGAGGUCGGCGUGCAAGAUCUCGAGGACAUGAUUGAGGGUGGAGCUGCAAGCGACUCGGACUCGGAAGACGAGGACGAGGACGCUGCUGCCAAGGCGGCGUGGAACGCGGCCGCCGACGUGCUCUCUGAGCAGUUCAAGCGCGCGAGCAAGUUUGCAACAGACUUCCACUUCGACCCGAAGGGCAAGAGUGCGCAGUUUGAGCUUCAGUUCCCUGGGCAGGCGCCCAAGCUCCUGCUUGUCGACCUGGUGGAGCAGGCAUGUCGUGAGGCCGUGAUCCACGAGAUCCCGGCUAUCGGGCGCUGCCUGAAGAACUUUGACGAUAAGGGUGUCUUCUCGCGCUCGCUCACGACGGAGGGCUCCAACAUCCGCGGCAUGUGGUCGCUUGCCGACGAGCUCGUUGACCUGGACAAGAUCGGCUCGAACGACGUCUACGCCAUUCUGCAGACAUACGGUGUCGAGGCUGCGCGCCGCACGAUCAUCAAUGAAAUGGCAGGCAUCUUCGGGGUGUACGGCAUCGGCGUCGACUACCGCCACUUGACGGUCAUCGCGGACUACAUGACGCACGCGGGCGGCUACUCGCCCUUCAACCGUACGGGUAUCUCGCAGAAGAGCUCGCCACUGCUCAAGGCGUCGUUCGAGACGACGGUCGCGUUCCUCUCGGACGCUACGUUACACGGCGACUUUGACGACCUCACAUCGCCAGCGGCGAGAAUCGUGCUCGGCAAGCCGAGCGGGAGUGGGACAGGCGCUUUCGACGUGCGCGCCCCCACGCGCCUGUAGGGAGUAAUUAUAGAGUAGUGUUUGGCAUAUGCAUUGUUAGGUUUGGUCGCGGAGAGCGAGAGUGAUAGAAGCGCU